AUUCAAGCGCGACAGCAGUCAAUUGAGGCUGCACCACCGCUCACGCCUCCGACCCGGGAGCAGACACGAUACGAGGACGUAUUGAGUUGCCGUCUUACUAUACGGCCCUUGGAAUAAACUUUUGCGUGCGCAUCCCGCGCUAGGAAACCUCCGCAGGACCUCCGCAAUCACCACACCACCCUCACCCAACUGCACAUCCACCCAUCCACCAUGGCGUCGAUAGCGACCAAAGCGGUAGCCGGCAAACCAAUCGUUCCACAAUGCCUCACGAGUCACAAAGUUGGCGUCGUAGUCUCAGCGGGCAAGAUGUCGAAAGCGGUACGGGUGCGCGUCGCAGAGCAAGAAUGGAAUAAGAAGUUCAGAAAACACUUCCCAGCCCCCAAAACAUACAUAGCCCGCGACCCUAACAAUUCCGUCGUUGAAGGAGACAUCGUGCGCAUAACAUCCGGACACCGCACCUCCAAAGUCAUCCACCACGUCGUAACAUCCAUCGUCGCGCCCUUUGGCGAACCCGUAGAAAACCGACCACCAGUCCUCUCCCAAGCACAAUUAGACGAACAACGCGUCAAAGAGCGAUUAUUGAAGGACGUAAGGGCAGCGGAGCGGGGAAGACAGACAAGCAUCCAGAGAUUGGCGCAGGCAAGGAAGCAGGGCUUAAAAAUACCAACUCUUGAGGAAGCCAUGGAGGCAAUGAGGAGACACACUGAAGCAGAAAAGGCACGAGCUGAAGCGCACGAUGGACAGGCUGGUCAACAGAAGACGGCAAAGACGAGAAGAGUGGAGCAGGGCAAGAAGACGAAAGCAGAAGUUGGGGCGGAGAGCAAAGUUAAAGCUGCAAGGAAGCAGUCCGCAUGA